UGAUGGAGCUGCAGCUUUGCUGUAUGGACAUUAGUCCUUCUAAUGAAUAUUUCAGGAUAUACAGCUAACAUCAAGCCAUAAGUACCGUAGGUUUGAUACGAUAGUUAUUUUACACUUUCCUUUUCAAUUCAUUGAGUACUUUUUAAUACGCUUAAGCUGACAUCGCUAAAACAAGGGAGUGGACCAGAAGCGGUGAUGUUGGUUGUGUGGGUCUAUGCGUGUUAAUCAUUUAUGUUUACAGCUCUGACAGGAUCAUAACUGAGAGAAACAAGAAUCAAAGGUCUCAUCCACACAUCAUUGCAAGCAAGCCCUCUGCCAAUCUCACCAGUCAUGGGUGGGCUACCGGGAUGGCUGCUAUUACUGUGCCUGGUCUGCUCAAGCAAAGCCAAUUUCAGUCCUACAAUUGAGAGAUUUGUUUAUGAAAUUUGUGAGGAUGUUCCUGUCGAUUCAGUUGCUUUUACUAUAGAGGCUUUAGACACAGAAGGAGAUACUCUGACUUACGGACUCACUGGGCCCAAUGCUGGAUUCUUCCAAGUUAAUUCAGCAAAUGGGCAGGUGACUGUGAAAUCUCCCCUUGAUAGAGAGGCCAGCGUCACAAUGACACUUGGUGUUACAGUUUCAGAUGGUUCCAAUACUACACCAGGAACAUUAACUUUAAUAUUACUGGAUGCCAAUGACAACAGCCCUGUAUUUGAAAACCCUAAUUUUGACAUCUUAGUGAGAGAAAACGAGGCUGUUGGAACGUCAGUGUUUAAAUUUACAGCAAAUGAUCGUGACGAUGCAGAUGCCGGCGUUGUUAGAUACUCUCUCACUGAGAUAAUACCGCCACAAGGAUCUGAUGUGUUUGAAAUCAAUGAAGUCACUGGUGAACUGAAGUUAAAGGGCCAGCUUAAUUACAACACUCUGAGCACCUUUUAUCGGCUUCAGGUUCAAGCGAGGGAUCUUGGAGGUUCUUGUUCUGGAGAAAAGGUUUUCCAGUCAACCAAAGUUUUCUCCUUUGUGACUGUUGAGGACGUCCCGGACCUCGACCCCGUUUUCAUCGGUGGUCCAUAUGUAGGAAGCGUUGAAGAGAGUUCUCCUGCGGACACGUCUGUGUUGCGAGUGACCGCCCUCGAUGAGGACAAGGGAAUCAAUGACAACAUCCUCUACUCCAUUGAAGCUACCUCAGCUGAAGGCUUGUUCAAAAUCUCAGAGAAUGACGGCAUCAUAUCUGUGUCAUCGGAAAUUGACAGAGAAGUUAUUGGUGACAAAGUAACUCUGACUGUGAAGGGCACCGAGUCUAAACCGAACGUCGACGGACAACCUGCCACUGCAACAGCAACCGUUGAGAUCAACAUCGGCGACCUCAAUGACGAGGCGCCUAAAUUUUACAAAUGUGAAGGCUCCUGUGUGCUAGAAACUCAAUUCACGGGAGAGGUCUUUGAACACUCAUUGGGGGCAAUUUCCAUUGGCAUGACAGUCAAGGAUCUAGACAAGUUUGUGCAAACCGAGCUAACGUUGGAAGGAGAGGACAAAGACGUGUUUUCUGUGGAACCCCCCAUGUUUGCUGGACCAGAGAGCAUUGUUCAGCUUCUUGUCAGGCAGCCUGAGAAUCUGGAUUUUGAAGAAAAGCAGCAAAUGAUUCUUCAGGUGAUUGCUACAGAUAAGGAUGAACCCACCUUCCAGGCCACUGCCACAGUUACAAUAACCAUAAAGGACACCAACGACAACAGCCCCACGUUCCAACGGGACACAUACAAGAUAAAUGUGACUGAACACUCUCCUGUUGAGACAGAGGUGGCCACAGUCACAGCAUUUGAUCCUGACACAAUGGAUGCAGGCAAAAUCACCUACAGUCUUCUUCCAGAGAGCAUACUGCUGUACUUUGACGUUGAGAAUAACACGGGAAGAGUCUACGUGAAAAAUUCUAAUCUCCUGGAUCGUGAGCUCAGAUCUCUCUAUUCAGCCACCUUGCAGGCCAGAGACACAGAUGGCAAGCCCGGCACUACAGUGCUGGAGAUCACUUUGACGGACAUUAAUGACCAGACACCAAUCAUCAACAGAGACGUGUACCGAGAGUUCGUCAAAGAGGGUGGGAAGCUUGAAUUUCCGAUUGAGGCUACAGAUGGAGAUGAAGCUGGCACAGAAAACAGCAAGAUUCAAUUCAGCAUUAAACCGAGCGAACACAGCGGCAGCUUCAGCAUUGACCCAAACACCGGUGUGCUAACAAAUAGCGGUGAACUGGAUCGGGAGGCAGUGGAUUCAGAGUCGAAUGGCAGGAUAAACCUCAUCGUAACAGCCACUGAUAUGGGAACACCUGCGCUGUCAAGCUCUGUCUCGGUUGUUAUCACUGUGGAGGACAUCAAUGACAACGCCCCAACUUUCAAAGCACCAUCCUACAGUUUUUCUGUUAAAGAAGGAGAAAAGGGCGCAUCUGUGGGUUUCGUUCACGCAGAGGAUCUGGAUCAAACCGCCGAAUUCAACCGCAUUUCUUUCAGCAUCAUCGAUGGGAGCUUUGGCAGCUUCAUUGUUCGAACCUCGGCGGAGGGAAAGGGUUACAGCGGCAACAUCAUGGUAGACCCGGACAUCGAGCUCGACUAUGAGUCGUCACAAAAGAAGUUCACGUUGCGGGUGGAAGCUGCAGAUCUGGAGCUGGAGAAAGCUGAAACGGUGGUGGAGGUGAAUGUGCUGGACGUGAACGACGAAAGACCAGAGUUCACGUCAGUCCAAGUCGUGUCAGUGGCCGAGAACGCCAUCGCAGACGCGCUUGUCGGGACGUUCGUAGCUCAGGACAAAGACACCAACCAUUCACUGGUCUACGAGCUGGAAUCUGUCAAUUGCAAGUGCAGCGGCGAACUGGAACCCUGCAGCUGGUUCACCCUCGACUCGAAUGGGGAUGUCCGAGUCGGUCCAGCAGACCCUCUGGAUUAUGAAGAAUGUGACCAAGCUGUGAUAAAGGCUCAGGUGGUGGACUUGUUCACGGAAAAGGGAGAGAACAACAGUGUGACGCCAGGAGAAAUGGUGAUCAACAUUGGAGACGUAAAUGACAACAGUCCUGAAUUUUAUUACUCCGGCUCUGUAUUUGUUGUGGUGUCAGAAAGCGCCAGCAAAGGAACAUCAGUUGCAGGAGUCACAGCUUCAGAUCGGGACUCCGGAGAGAACAGUGUGAUCAAAUUUAAUGUAAGAAAAGUUCAAUUUGAGGACAGGGUCACAAACACUGUCACCGACACCAGGAUCCUGUUUGAGGCCGUCACUACGCAACAACAAAAUAUCUAUGUUGGGAUUAUUCAAACUACAGAAGGUCUUGACCUGAAACUGAAGGGGAAAUAUUUGGUAACAGUGACYGCGACGGAUACUGGUGGUCUUUCCAACACCACCGUCCUGGAGAUUUUCACCAUUGACGAGGGCUUCCGAACUGAACUCCAGUUUAGAACUACAGUGGGUGAGGUCGAAGGGUCACUCGAUGAGAUCAAAAGGAAACUCUCAGCAGCCACCGGCGCUUCAGUUGACAUCGUUUCAAUCAAAGAACAGUCUUCAAUAUCCAGGAACGCCGCACUUUCUUUCAUGGUGGCAUAUUUCAUCUUUUCAAAUGGAACCGCUCUUACUUCUUCAGAAGUAGAAAAGAAGCUUUCUGAUCAAGAACAUUUUCCUGAUCUGUAUGCACUGGGUCUGAUAAAUAUUGGCAGCGUUCCCGUCACUGAAACAAAAACGAAUCCCGUGGUAUACGGUCUGCUGGGCGUGGUUGGAGGUCUCGUCGUUGUACUGGUCAUACUCACGACCUCGUUUUUGUGCACUCGCAGAAACUUCAGAAGGAAGCUGAAAGCAGCGAAUGCCAUGAAAUCGACAACUAUGUUGAACUCUGACAACCAGAAAGGUGGCGCUGUCGUGCCUGGGACCAACAAGUACACCAUGGAAGGUGCCAACCCAGUACUAAACCUGAACAUCCCCUCAACUCUAGCCUUGGACCUGGAUUUAAAUGAGGAAACCUCAGAUGCAGACAAAUCCAGCCUGAACUCCUUGGAUCACAGCUAUGAGAUAGUCAUGGAUGGAAAUUAUUCAGAUGAUGACAAGGUGAGUUUGCACCUUAAAGUCUAUCUUCACUUGGACUCAUUAAUUGGAAUGCAGAUUAAUUUUCCAAUUUGCUUGUUAUGUUACAGAAGGGGGCCAUGUUGGACAAAGACGUCGAUGAGUUGUCGGAGUACAAUGAGCCUCUGGGUGCGGCGCUCGCCCAGUUGGGUCAGAAUAAGAAAAGUAGCAAAGUCAAGAUCGACCUUGGGAUUGACAACCCGAUGUUUGACACGACAGAUCUGUAACACUAAACAGAGAAACAGCGAUGGACAAAAUCACGCAAUCCAAAUCAAACGCAGCUACUGCCUUCAAAAAGGUCUUUCAUAUGAAAACUGGAAUGUAAACUUAAGUAAACCUGCAAGGAAUAAUAUAAAUACACUUGUAAGCAACAGGUUUAACACAGAACUCAUGACUAUAUUUAAACAUUUUUCUCAGUAAAAAAGAAAGAAAUGGAACAAUUAGGAUUGGAUUUCACUUUGGCUUUUGAAUCAGUUCUGCUUUCCAGACAUUUCAAACAUCAGCUCUGGUGUUGAACGUAAGAUCCACGCAUAAAUGACAAAUACGUUCAGCUUCUAGAUUGUUUAUUUGAUACGUUUUUUUUUUUUUUUUCAGUUUUAAAGAUGUAGAUUUCUUGUUCAGAAAACACCAGAGAAAAACAAGAAAUAAAUAAAUAGGCAUUGGCAGUAGGUGAAACUCGUGGCAUGUAGCGAUAAAAGCGAUAAAAUCUCUUCCAAAAAUGCUAAUUCUGAUCAGCAAUUUGUACAGCAAAGCAUGCAAAACAUAAUUCUUUUUGUUUGUUGCACACUGAAUCACUUUUAACACACCAUGUUCAUUUUCCUCACAGCUGAUGCUACAAAAUGAAUCCAAUUGAAAAGCAAGAAAAUACAAAAAUUCAAUGUCUGUGUAUGUUUGAAAUCCUUAUUUAUUAGUCAGUGGAAAUCUUUCUCUGAUUGUCGAUGUUUACCUCGAGUUUGACGCAUUCGCUCACGGGAUGCUUUCUGCAAACUUGCUGAUGGAAAAAAAAUAUAUAUGUUUUAAUUCUUGCUGACAACUUAAUGAAUGUAUUACAUGUGCAAUCUGUGAAUAAAGAUGGUUUGAUUAUA